GAUUAAUUACGAAUCAGACUUAUGGACCAACAAGAGUUUUUUGUUGCCUUUAUGUAAAAUUAAAUGUUUUUUUUAGUUUAAAACUAGUAGGUUAACUCGCCCCUUCCUUCCUCUUUACCCUCUCUCAUCUCCUUUUUCCUUCUGUCUCCUGCUAAAAUCCGGAAUCGUUCCUUUUCUGAUCUAUUUUGCUAUCGCCGUUGCAGUUUCCAGCAGCGUCUCUCCCCUUUUCCUCUGCCUGUCAGUAAAACAUCUCUUGAAUUUAAACCUAAAGUCUCCACCCUCUCUAUACUAUUUCCUUCCUUUUGAUUCGGAGAAAAUUCUCUUAGGUUUUUUGGAAAGGAGUCCAUUUCUGAUAUUAUAAAGAGACUUUGUUCUGUGUUUCUACCACUUACCCAUGCCUUGUUUAUUUAUGGUUUUAUUAGCUGGGCGUGUCAGGACCCUUUGAACCCCCAUCAAUAAAGAUUUUUUUUGUGCUGGCCGGCGAUGCCGACGUCGGUAACCGCAGCUCGGCAAUUCUUAACAGAAGAAACGGCAAGUGCUUUAGAUGAGGCUGUGGCCGUAGCGCGUAGAAGAAGCCAUGCACAAACGACAUCGCUCCACGCUGUGUCGGCGUUGCUUUCCUUACCGUCAUCCACUCUCCGAGAGGCAUGUACGCGAGCACGUAGCAGCGCGUACCCGUCUCGACUUCAAUUCCGCGCGUUGGAGCUUUCUGUCGGAGUUUCACUCGACCGUUUACCUUCAUCGAAGUCCGACGAGGACCCUCCGAUCUCCAACUCACUGAUGGCGGCAAUCAAACGGUCGCAAGCCAGUCAACGGCGUCAUCCAGAAAGUUACCAUUUACAACAGUUACACAGUAGCAAUAACAGUAACGCUAUCGCCACCGGUUGCUCCCAAGCGCAGGCAAUUUUGAAGGUUGAGCUUAAAUACUUAAUUUUAUCUAUUCUCGAUGAUCCGAUUGUUAGUCGGGUUUUUGGGGAAGCCGGGUUUCGUAGCUGUGACAUAAAGUUAGCAUUAGUUCGGCCGCCGGUAACCCAAGUUUCUUCUCGGUUUUCCCGUGCCCAUUGCCCGCCUAUAUUUCUGUGUAACUUAACGGAUUCAGUUUCUGGUCGGGUCGGUUACAAUUUACUGUUUCCCGGGCAAGAAGAUGGGGUUGAUGAGAAUUGUAAGAGAAUCAGUGAAGUUAUGGCUAAAAAUAGCGGGAAAAGCCCAUUGCUUGUUGGGGUUUGUGCUAUUGAAGCUUUGAGGGCAUUUACAGAGAGCUUAACAAAGGGGAAAUCUGGCAUCUUGGAUGGUGAUUUGGCUGGAUUGAUUGUGAUAUCGAUUGAAAAGGAGAUUAAUGAGAUUGUUAACGAGGGAAAUGAGGAAAAAAUGGGUUUAAAGUUGAAGGAAGUGGAAGCUACUUUGGAGAAGUGUAAUGGAUCCGGAGGAGGGGGAGUGGUUUUACAUUUUGGGGAUUUAAAAGGGUUGAUUUUUGAUGGGGCGUUAGGUGAUUUUGUUAGUCCCUUGGUUCUGAGAUUAGCAAGUUUAAUGGAAGUUUAUAGAAGGAGAUUAUGGUUGAUGGGAGCUGUAGAUAGUGUUGAAAUAUAUAGGAAGUUUUGUGAUAAGUUUCCCAAUGUAGAAAAAGAUUGGGAUUUGCAAUUGUUGCCUAUUACUUCUUCCAAGAGUUCUUUUGAUGGAGCUUACCCCAAAUCCAGCUUGAUGAGGUCGUUUGUUCCAUUUGGUGGCUUAUUCCCUACACCAUCAGAUUUGAAAAGCCCUUUAAGUGGCUGGAAUCAAUCUAUUCCUCGAUGUAACCUUUGCAAUGAGAAGUACGAACAAGAAGUUGAUGCCUUGAAGAAGGCAGGAUCUGCAGUUUCGGUUGCUGAUCAGUAUUCAGAAAACUUGCCUUCUUGGUUACGAAUGGCAGCUGUUGACACAGGCAAGGGAGAGGAUGUGGCAAAGACUAAAGCUGGUGAAUCCAUGUUAAGUGCUAAAGUUUUUGGGUUGCAGAAAAAGUGGAAUGAUAUUUGCCAACGUGUACACUGCACUCCGACAUUCACCAAGUCAGAUAUUAAUCCCUCCAUGUCUCAAGUUCCAAUUGUUAAGGGUCCUCAGUUUUCCAUGGACCAGAAGCAAACAAGCAAUGGAGAUCUGUCUAUUAAUGAAAGUCUAUUUCCCAAUCAGAGUCCUGGCAGGCAAAUUCACAUGCAAACAAAUUUUCUACCAAAAAGUACUCCAUCGAUAUCGUGUACUUCUGAAGGUAGGAAUAUGAAUUUCCACUCCGUGUUACAUGUGGAUGUUCCAAGCGUAACUCAGCAAACUGAUAAAGAUGUGCCCUGGUUCCAUCACCCUCAACAAAGUCUGAGCUCUUGUUCUGGACGCACACCAUCUUCAUUUGUUCCUCCAGUCACUACAGAUUUAAAGUUGGGAACGAUAUAUGCAUCAACCACUCAGGAAUCGAAAACUACAAAAUCGCUAAAUCAUCGAGAACAUCUUCAGCGCUUCUCAGGCUCCGUGUCUACUGAAUUUGAUGCAAAUAGUGAGGUCACUUCAUAUCAGUUUGCGCAAUCUUCAUCAUGCUCUGUUCCUUCAUCAGGAGAGCAGUUUGAUCUAGGAGAUUACAAGUCCAUUAAGAAAGCUCUUGCUGAGAAAGUUGGCUGGCAGGAUGAAGCUGUUAAUUCUGUCAGCCAAGCUGUAUCCCAAGUAAGGCACAAGUAUCGAAGCUUUCGUGGUAUUAACUGUAAAGGGGAUAAUUGGCUUACUUUCCUCGGUCCGGACAGAGUUGGGAAAAAAAGAAUUGCUUCAGCACUUGCUGAUGUACUAUUUGGCAGCCAGGAAUGCUUAGUUUCCUUGGAUUUGAGCUCACAAGGCAAACUUGGCCACCCAAACUCGAUCUUUGAAUGCAAAGAGUUGAACAGGCAUGAUGAGAUGUCUAGAGGGAAAACAGUGUCCGACUUGAUUGCCGAGGAGCUAAGAAAGAAACCUCAUUCUGUUGUCUUCCUUGAAAAUGUUGAUAAGGCCGAUUAUGGUGUCCAACAUAGUUUGGACCUGGCUAUUAGAACGGGUAAAUUUCCAGAUUCGCAUGGACGAGAAAUAAGCAUCAACAAUAUGGUUCUUAUAACAACAUCAUCCUCCAUCACAAAAGGUAAUGUAAAUGUUAUCUGUGGGAACAAAGACGUGAAAUUCCCCGAGAGAAGAAUACUUGGAGCCAAAAACUGGCAAAUGCAGAUCCUGGUUGGCUCUGCAUCUGAUGAUGCAGGCAAAAGCAACUACAUGGGCGUCAGGGUUACAACAGUUAAAGAAGCUUCCACUUUUACAUCUGCUAAUAAAAGAAAGACGAGGAAUGCUGUUGAGUCAUCCGAGCUAGAAAAAACAGACACAGGAGAACGAGAGCACAAAGUGCCUAGGUCUUGUCUGGACUUAAAUUUUCCUGUGGAGGAGGCAGAUGAGGAGGACAUGGGUCUGGGGUUGUCGAAAAGUGAGUCGUCUGAAAGCUCAGAAAAUUGGUGGGAAGAAUUAUUUAGCCAAGUAUAUAAAAAGAUACAUUUCAAGCCAUUCGAUUUCGAUGAAGUUGCUGAUAAAAUUGUGAAGGAAAUCAGCUCACAAUGUCAAAGGACGGUGGGAACAGAGGUUGCAUUGGAGAUUGAUGAAGAAGUAAUGGUACAAAUGCUUGCUGCUGCCUGGCUUUCUGACAAAAAGGAGGCGAUCGAAGAUUGGGUUGCGGAAGUUCUCGGAAGAAGCUUAGCGGAGGCUGGGCAAAAAUACAAUCUCACUCCUCAAUCUGUUUUGAAAUUGGUUGCAUAUAAAGGUGAUGUUGUGAAGGAACAAGCUCCUGGAAUACGUCUUCCUGCAAAAAUUAAUCUCAACUAAUGCUCUAUUCUUCUUUUUGUUUUUUGACCAUGUAAUUAAAUGCAUAAUGUAGCUUCCAAGUUAUCUAAAAGCCUGCAUUCUUUUGGGGUAAUGU